CCGGACCAGGGAACCAGAGAUUUUGUAGUCUUUCUCUAUGAGUAGAAGUGUGUUCCGAGCGAAAAGUGUAACUAUUUAUAACUUGUAGUAAGGAGCUAGGCGUUGUAUAGCAUGACUUACGUGGCUGUACCUAGCUAGACCGUAGUUCUAUUAAUGUCUUAACAUAUGCUGUUGUAGUUAUUUUAUGUGAUAUUGCAGCAUUUGAUCUUCACCAUUUAGGCUAACAAGCAAGGAAGACAAUCUGAGAAAAGGUAUUUAGUAAAUCAUACUCGAAAUGGCCCAGGAUCCAAUCAUUUUGGAUGGUGGACUGGCAACCGAACUGGAAGCAGCUGGUUUAAAGAUCCAGGGUGACCCAUUAUGGGGUGCUCGAUUUUUGCAUGCCAAUCCUCAGGCUGUUAAAGAGGCCCAUACCAGAUUCCUACGUUGUGGUGCUGAUGUUAUUACAACAGCUACAUACCAAGCUAGUGUUGAAGGGUUUGUCCAGCAUCUGGGCCUGACAUCAGAACAGGCCAGUCAGCUGCUGAUGUCAGGGGUGCAGCUGGCCAAGCAGGCAGUGCAGGAUUUUAUGGCUGACGGUGUUCAUCCAGGGCGGAGAGUGCCACUGGUGGCUGGAUCUGUUGGGCCUUAUGGGGCCUUUCUGCUUGAUGGCUCGGAGUACUCAGGAGCUUAUGAUGAAAGCAUGAGUAAGGAGGAGCUGAAAGCUUGGCAUCGACCUCAGAUCCAAUGCUUGGUUUCUGCGGGAGCUGAUCUCAUUGCCAUGGAAACCAUCCCAAGCCUUAAGGAAGGAGAAGCAUUAGUGGAACUUCUCCAGGAGUUUCCCAAUUCAAAAGCCUGGUUGUCCUUCUCUUGCAAGGACGCACAGCACAUUUGUAAUGGCAGGAGAUUUUCAGAGGCAGUCCAGGUGGCUAAGAGGUCAAAGCAGCUGGUAGCCGUAGGGGUGAACUGCAGUGAGCCGACACUGGUGGAGCCACUGCUGGAGUCUGCCGCUCCACACAGGAGUCCGGACUUGAGCUGGGUGGCUUACCCUAACAGUGGGCAUGACUGGGUUCCAGGCACUGGGUGGAAAACCUCAGAAAAGAAGGUGUCCUUAGCUGACCUGAGCCCAGCAUGGAGAAGACAAGGGGCCGCUUGGAUUGGUGGGUGCUGUUGCGUUUUCCCAGCUGACAUAGCCGCAAUAAGACACAAGCUGCUGGGAAGCAAAUGGACCGAAACUGCUUGAGGAGCGGAGGAGUUUCAUCACGCUGACUUGAAAUGAUCAUGCCGUGGCUCAAAUUCCAGAAUUGAUUCACAGGCUAUUGCUUUAAGUACUGAGGCAAUGAGAACAGACGAUUUUGGCUAUUUCGGUAUAUGCCACGUUGAUUCAUACGCAUGAAUGAUUAUUGCAUGGUUCAUUACCUUUGAUUCAAUAAAAUGCACUUUUAAGUGGUAUAAAAGUUUAAUACAUCUUUGUUAAUAAAAGAAUGGGGGGAAAAAAGGCAGUUGUAAGAAUCCCCUCGGAUAUACCAAACAGCAGAAGUAUCAGAGUGGCGAAGGAACACGUAGCCUUACCCGUUGCUCCUGGAACGGGAUUAAUUUAACAAUAUCUCUGUUAUCUGACUCCAAUAAUGUUUUAACCUUUCCUCUGUGCUAACAGUUAUGCAUAGAAGGAGGGAACUGCCUUCUACCAGUAGUGUGGCUCUAUACGGAUCUAUCUUAGUAGACACGGUCGUGUCUCUGGCUUGUGUACCAUGCAUAAAUACAAUUGUUUAUCUUGCUACGACACUAGUGUAUAGGUAAGUGACUGCAGGGUGCGGAUAUCCUGAGUUCCCUUUGUAUAUUAGGACCUUAAAACUGCUAGGUGUGCAGCGGUAAGAGUCAAAGAGGAAAGCCAGGUUAAAGUGAAUGCAAUUUAUUGUACAGUAUGUUCAAUGAUGGCAACAUACAAUGGUGCAGAGUGUGUAGUGGAAUGGCUGUAAGCGAAUGGUAUGCACUACGCAGUAUUGACAAGUCUCCCAGAACCAUUCCACUUUUCCCCUUAUAUACUCACGGAUCAAAGAAAAACCCCAAGUCAUCAAAUAAAGAUACAAUACAUAACGAAACAGUA